CUCCACUCCCCAGCGGUCUCCAAUUGGCGGUGCGGGAAAGGAAGCCGGGGAGAGCCGGGAACCCGGAAGUACUUCUCGGCAGAGGCCUGGGCGACUCUUUUGAAUGGAAUCGGGCUGAUUCAUCGCCGGUUCUCGGAGCCAGGUCCUUGUUGAGUGUGAGGCGCUGCUCUCGCCGCCGGGUUGCCACAAGGCCAGGAGAGAAAGAGGAAAAAAAAAAAAAGACUACUUGUGAAAAAUUAUACCUGCCAGAAUUAGCAAGAAUUGGAGUUAAUAAGAAAUUUGUCAAAUUCAACAAAUUGAAUCCCAACACCAUAAGAGUUAUAGUUGCUGACCAGAAAUAUGGACAGACUUCUUAGACUUGGAGGAGGUAUGCCUGGACUGGGCCAGGGUCCACCUACAGAUGCUCCUGCCGUGGACACAGCAGAACAAGUCUAUAUCUCUUCCUUGGCAUUGCUGAAGAUGUUGAAGCAUGGCCGUGCUGGAGUUCCUAUGGAAGUUAUGGGUCUCAUGCUUGGCGAAUUUGUUGAUGAUUACACCGUCAGAGUGAUUGAUGUGUUUGCUAUGCCACAGUCAGGAACUGGUGUCAGUGUCGAAGCAGUUGAUCCAGUAUUCCAAGCCAAAAUGUUGGAUAUGCUGAAACAAACAGGAAGGCCUGAGAUGGUUGUUGGUUGGUAUCACAGUCACCCUGGCUUUGGCUGUUGGCUGUCUGGUGUGGAUAUCAACACUCAGCAGAGCUUUGAAGCCUUGUCGGAGAGAGCUGUGGCAGUGGUUGUGGAUCCCAUUCAGAGUGUAAAGGGAAAGGUUGUUAUUGAUGCCUUCAGACUGAUCAAUGCUAAUAUGAUGGUCUUAGGACAUGAACCAAGACAAACAACUUCAAAUCUGGGUCACUUAAACAAGCCAUCUAUCCAGGCAUUAAUUCAUGGAUUAAACAGACAUUAUUACUCCAUCACUAUUAAUUAUCGAAAAAAUGAACUGGAACAGAAGAUGCUGUUAAAUUUGCAUAAGAAGAGUUGGAUGGAAGGAUUGACACUUGAAGACUACAGUGAACAUUGUAAACACAAUGAAUCAGUGGUAAAAGAGAUGUUGGAACUAGCCAAGAAUUAUAAUAAGGCUGUGGAAGAAGAAGAUAAGAUGACACCUGAACAGCUGGCAAUAAAGAAUGUUGGCAAGCAGGAUCCCAAACGUCAUUUGGAAGAACAUGUGGAUGUGCUUAUGACUUCAAAUAUUGUCCAGUGUUUGGCAGCAAUGUUGGAUACUGUUGUGUUUAAAUAAAGCAACGUAGAGAGCUGUCAGUGACACUCUCAAUGUAUUUUCCUUCAUUGUUCUAGUGCUCACAGUCACGGGCGCUCUGCAGGUGAUGUGGUGGCCUGCCAGUCACCUGAGCCACCUUCCAUCUCAGUUCUGCAGCGGCUUCUGCUUAUUUAGUCAGGGUUCUGCAGACUCCAAAGUUGUUCAGGAAUACAUCAAAGUGGACACAUUUUGUUAAGAUCCCAUUUACUAUUUGAAAAAAUCAGUAGCACAAAUAUAUUUUGAUUGUUGCUUACAAAAUAAACUACAUUUACAAUCCA